CGUGUGUGUGUAUGUGUGUGUGUCUCUCUCUGUCCCUCACGCCUUCCUCCUCCUCCUCCUCUUCCUCCUCCUCCUCCUCCCUCUCCUCUUCUUCCUCUGUGCCUUCUCUGUGAAGCUUCCGUGGGAUCCUACGGUGUGCGUGGAUCCCCCCUCUCUCCGGACAGAAUCACCUCCCCGCCAGCAGUCACCAUUUCGGCCCCAGGAAGACCCACGCUGGCUGCCCAGCCUCUCCCGCGCCUCAGCCUGGGCAGGAAGACCCUGGUGGCUGCGGCCGUGGGCGUGAUGCUGGUGCUGGUGCUGGUGGUGCUCAUACCGGUGCUGGUCAGCUCCGUGGGCAGCGACAGCAGCCACUUCGAGAUGCUGGGCACCUGCCGCAUGGUGUGCGACCCAUACCUGGGCCGCGGCACCACCGCAGCCACCGGGGCCCAGGGCGAGGCCGAGGCCCUGGCUGACCACAGCAACAUGCCGCCGCAGCCGUCCUCCACUCUCAACCAGGCGCGGCAAGGAAAGCCUGGGCGGUCGGGGAAGCCCGGACCCCCGGGACCGCCAGGGGAGCCCGGCCCCCCAGGCCCCAUGGGGCCCCCGGGGGACAGGGGCGAGCGGGGCAAGGGUGGAGCCCUGGGGUUGGGUGGGGUCAGCGACGGGGGAGGGGUGGUCAGCACGGCGACCUACGGGCCAGGGGGGGCGCGCGUGGCCUUCUACGCCGGCCUCAAGAACCCGCACGAGGGCUACGAGAUCCUAAAGUUCGACGACGUGGUCACCAACCUGGGGAACAACUAUGACAGCACGUCAGGGAAGUUUAUCUGUGGCACGCCGGGGACAUACUUCUUCAUCUACCACGUGCUCAUGAGAGGGGGAGACGGGACCAGCAUGUGGGCUGACCUCUGUAAAAACGGACAGGUGCGGGCGAGCGCCAUAGCACAGGACGCUGACCAGAACUACGACUACGCCUCCAACAGCGUCAUCCUGCACCUGGACGCCGGCGACGAGGUCUACGUCAAGCUGGACGGCGGCAAGGCCCACGGCGGCAACAACAACAAAUACAGCACCUUCUCUGGGUUCAUCCUGUACAGCGACUGAGCAAUGGAGGGUCUCAACAGAGGACAGUGGACAGAGAGAGAGAGAGAGAGAGAUGGACAGAAGGGGAGGGAGAAAAGA